AUGUUGUUUCUUUCUACCCAGAAAUGGAGUUUUUAUCAACUUAUUUCAUCUUUUCUUUGUUGCUCAACAGCUGAUAAACUAUUAUGUAAGAGAGAAAUACACACUGAGAUACACAGGAGGAAUGGUGCCAGAUGUCAAUCAGAGAAGGGUAUCUUCACAAAUGUGACUUCGCCACCUUCAAAAGCUAAGUUGAGGGUAUUGUUUGAGGUGCCUCCUUUGGGAUUCUUGGUUGAAAAAGCUGGAGGUUACAGUAGUGAUGGCAAUAUCUCUGUACCAGACAAGGUGAUCAACAAUCUUGAUGAAAGAACCCAAGUCGCUUAUGGCUCCAAGAAUGAAAUAAUCCGUUUUGAAGAAAUUCUGUAUGGAUCCUCAAGGCUCAAGGGGGUUCCACUUGGAGCAGCUGCUCAAGUGCUGCUUUCAUUUUCUUAUUUUUCUUCAUAUGCCGUCAAAUAUUCUAGUUGUCCAGGGACUUGGAAUUGCUUUGUUAUCAGAUAAAUAAUCAAGCAGGUGUCAUUAAUAUUCAA